UCAGGACUAGGUGAGAUGGCUCGCUGGAAGGUGGCUGCGCUCUCUCUCCACUGCUGGCUGGCGGGGCUCUGUUGCAGCUCGGUGGCUGUUGAAGUCAACAAUUCCAGCAGCAGAAGCAACAGCAGCAACCUGUCGCCAUCGGAGCUCCUGGAGAGUUUGAUCGGCAAGACGUCUCGAUAUGACUACCGAGUACGGCCCAACUUCGGCGGGGCUCCGACAGUGAUUAACUGCAGCAUCUUCAUCGAAAACUUCGGAUCCAUAUCAGAAACAACCAUGGACUACAAAGUGUCCAUCUUCAUGCGGCAGAUCUGGAACGACCCGCGGCUGAGCUACACGGGGUCCAGGCGGAGCCUCGCACUCGACAGCUCCAUCAUCGGCUCCAUCUGGAGGCCCGACCUCUUCUUCUCCAACGAGAUGAGCGGCAGCUUCCACUCUGUCACCACGGACAACCGCCGCAUCACCGUCUACAGCAACGGAGAUAUCUUCUACUCGCUGCGGCUGUCCCUGACUCUCUCCUGCCACAUGGACCUCCACAACUUCCCCAUGGACACCCAGGUCUGCCUCAUCUACCUGGAAAGCUACGGCUACACGCUCCGGGACCUGCUGUUCCAGUGGCUUCCCGGGGACGCUGUGACUUUCGCCGACGGGCUCAGCCUGCCCCAGUUCCAGCUGAUGAGGACUGCCGAGUUGGGUGACUGCACCAAGACAUACGUCACGGGUAGCUUCACCUGCAUAGACGCCAAGUUUGUGUUGCACAGAGAGAUGGGAUUCUACCUCAUCCAGCUCUACAUCCCCAGCAUCCUCAUCGUCAUCAUCUCCUGGGUCUCCUUCUGGAUCAACAUGAACGUGGCCCAGGCGCGCGUGGGUCUGGGCAUCACUACAGUGCUCACCAUGACCACGCAGAGCACGGGGUCACGCUCCUCCAUGCCCAAGCUCUCCUACAUCAACGCGAUGGACGUGUGGAUGACGGCGUGCCUCUUCUUCGUGUUCGGCGCGCUGCUCGAGUACAUCAUGGUCGUCAUGACGGCCAUGCGGGCCAGGAGCCUCGCCAAGACAACGCUCACCACCUACCACGUCAAUACAGAUGAAGGAUGUGCCAAGUGGAUGGUGCGGGCGCAGGGGAUCGACAACGCCUCUCGAUUCGUUUUCCCCAUCAGCUUCGCCGUCUUCAACGUCGCCUAUUGGCUCCUCUGCCUCCAGUCGAGGGGGAAAUAGCGAGGGGUGGUGCACGCAGGGAAUCAAUGCAGGGAUUCCUAUACUUACGAACAAGUUAGAUUCCAUAGGUCUGUGUUCGUACGUCUAUUUGUUCGUAAGUUCAAAUUUACUUCGGUCAGAUUUAAGACAUGUUGUACGGCAAUGUAAAGUACUAUUACACAUUAUACAAUACUAUACUACAUUAUAUACCUCUACACUUCAGUACAGGAACUCCUCGACUUACCAACGAGUUAGGUUCAAUAGGUCUGUGUUCGUAAGUCUAUUUGUUCCUAAGUCUAUCUUUACUUCUGUCGAUGUUGUAAGGCAUGUACUCCUAUAGAUGUAGAUGCCACUAGUUCUUCACGUUCUGUAGAUGUAGAUGCCACUGGUUAUUUACAUUCUGCAGAUGUAGAUGUCACUGGUUCUUCACGUUCUGCAGAUGUAGAUGCCACUGGUUCUUCACGUUCUGCAGAUGUAGAUGCCACUGGUUCUUCACGUUCUGCAUAUGUAGAUGCCACUGGUUCCUCGUGUUCUACAGAUGUAGAUGCCACUGGUUAUUUACAUUCUGCAGAUGUAGAUGUCACUGGUUCUUCACGUUCUGCAGAUGUAGAUGCCACUGGUUCUUCACGUUCUGCAGAUGUAGAUGCCACUGGUUCUUCACGUUCUGUAGAUAUAGAUGCCACUGGUUCUUCACGUUCUGUAGAUAUAGAUGCCACUGGUUCCUCGUGUUCUGCAGAUGUAGAUGCCACUGGUUCUUCGCGUUCUGUAGAUAUAGAUGCCACUGGUUCUUCGCGUUCUGUAGAUAUAGAUGCCACUGGUUCUUCGCGUUCUGCAGAUGUAGAUGCCACUGGUUCCUCGUGUUCUACAGAUGUAGAUGCCACUGGUUAUUUACAUUCUGCAGAUGUACAUGUCACUGGUUCUUCGCGUUCUGUAGAUGUAGAUGCCACUGGUUCCUCGUGUUCUACAGAUGUAGAUGCCACUGAUUCUUCACGUUCUGCAGAUGUAGAUGCCACUGGUUUUUCACGUUCUACAGAUGUAGAUGCCACUGAUUCUUCACGUUCUGUAGAUGUAGAUGCCACCACCGCCAUCUAUUGCACAGCGGUUGAACUUACGACUCUCGGUCCAAAUAGGCAAGUGGACAUACAGACAGGUUUGUUCGUAUCUCUGAAAGUUUGUAAGGCGAAUGUUCGUAAGUAGAGGAGUCCCUGCAACAACAAUACUUUCAUUUUACAUAGCAUCCUUCGUGCUAAUAGCAUCCCGUAGCACUGUGCAUAAAUUAUUUACAGGAGGUCAUCGAUUAUCCGGCGGCUUCAGGGGGAAGGGGACGCCAGAUUUUCUAAAAUCCCGCAUAAUCACUCCUCAUCAUGACUUAAAAUCGCCAAUUUUUGCGCAUUUUUACGUGACAUUAUGCUUUUAGGUGUUGUGUGUAUGUGGUUUUGUCGUGUUUUAAAUGUGUUAACUACGUGAAAUUGGUAUAAAUAAACAUACAAA